AUGCAGUUAGUCAGCUCUCUGGUAAUCGAGCAGUUUUUACAAACGCUCCCGGCAAACCAGGCAAGUUUAAACCACGGUGCAGUGAGUUCCAGUUCCGCCUUCACACCGAGUUCCUACUUCGUGCGCACGAGCCCUGUAAUAGCCGUCCGUAACAUAGCUCGCCUAGGUGCAGAGCCUGCUAUCCUUGUCAGACCCGCUUCGCAGAUAGCUCGCCUAGGAGCAGAGCCUGCUAUCCUUAUCGGCAACGCACAUUUACACGUGGCCGCUCGCCUAGGAGCUGAGUUAGCCAUCGUGAGUAUAACCUAGAGAACCUUACC